UUCUGGGAAGUCAUCAGCGAUGAGCACGGUAUAGACCCCACCGGCACCUACCAUGGAGACAGCGAUCUUCAGUUGGAGAGGAUCAACGUCUACUACAAUGAGGCCUCAGGUGGUAAAUAUGUCCCCCGGGCUGUCUUGGUUGACCUGGAACCCGGCACCAUGGACUCCGUCAGGUCUGGACCCUUUGGGCAAAUCUUCAGGCCUGACAACUUCGUCUUUGGCCAAAGUGGUGCCGGGAACAACUGGGCCAAGGGACAUUAUACGGAAGGGGCCGAGCUGGUCGACUCCGUCAUGGACGUGGUCAGGAAAGAAGCCGAGAGCUGCGACUGCCUCCAGGGUUUCCAGCUGACCCACUCCCUCGGCGGGGGCACCGGCUCCGGGAUGGGCACCCUGCUGAUCAGCAAGAUCCGGGAAGAGUACCCCGACCGCAUCAUGAACACCUUCAGCGUGGUGCCGUCGCCGAAGGUCUCGGACACGGUGGUGGAGCCCUACAACGCCACCCUCUCCGUGCACCAGUUGGUGGAGAACACGGACGAGACGUUCUGCAUCGACAACGAGGCCCUCUACGACAUCUGCUUCCGCACCCUCAAGCUCACCACGCCCACCUACGGCGACCUCAACCACUUGGUCUCGGCCACCAUGAGCGGCGUGACCACCUGCCUGCGCUUCCCCGGCCAGCUCAACGCCGACCUCCGCAAGCUGGCCGUCAACAUGGUGCCCUUUCCCCGCCUCCACUUCUUCAUGCCCGGCUUCGCCCCCCUCACCAGCCGGGGCAGCCAGCAGUACCGGGCCCUGACCGUGCCGGAGCUCACCCAGCAGAUGUUCGACGCCAAGAACAUGAUGGCCGCCUGCGACCCCCGCCACGGCCGCUACCUGACCGUCGCGGCGAUCUUCCGUGGGAGGAUGUCCAUGAAGGAGGUGGACGAGCAGAUGCUCAACGUGCAGAACAAGAACAGCAGCUACUUUGUGGAGUGGAUCCCCAACAACGUGAAGACGGCCGUGUGCGACAUCCCGCCCCGGGGCCUCAAGAUGGCCGCCACCUUCAUCGGCAACAGCACCGCCAUCCAGGAGCUCUUCAAGCGCAUCUCCGAGCAGUUCACGGCCAUGUUCCGCCGCAAGGCCUUCCUCCACUGGUACACGGGCGAAGGCAUGGACGAGAUGGAGUUCACGGAGGCCGAGAGCAACAUGAACGACCUGGUCUCUGAGUACCAGCAGUACCAAGACGCCACCGCCGAGGAAGGAGAGUUUGAAGAGGAGGCCGAGGAGGAAGUCGCGUGAAGACCUCUUCUCCUUGGCACCCCCCCACGGCUCCUCUGUAUCAUCCCCCCCGCCCCCCGUCUUCUGAACCGAUGGACCAUAUUCCUGCGCUGGCAUAGACUUGAACGUUUCCGAGGCCCACCUUCGAGGAGACCAGAGCUUUCCCCUCCCGCCCGCCCGCCGACGCCGCGGUGUGGAAACAAUCCAUACGGGAUUGGCAGGGGGUCUCACCUCUGUUCAGGAAUGGCAGCGAGUGGCAAUAUGUCUAGCAAAGAGCACGACCCAGAUCUCUCCUCUCUCACCGUCUCCUUCCCCUUCCGCCUACUCUCCAAAGCACCUUCUCUGCAGUGAUGUCUGUCUCUUCGUGUCCUGUACGGUCAUGUGAAUUUUUCAUUUGUGCGUUCGGUUUCUGGGAAAUGAGUAUGCACUAAGUCGUGAUCUGCAUUGUUCUGGAGGGUUUUGUUUUUUCCUCUUCUCCCAUCUAUGCCAGGCUUAAAAGAAAGGUUAGCGGAACUGGGCGGGGGGGGAGGGGGUGGUUUGGAAGGUUUGGGACUCUCCUGUAAGGUGGAACGUAGUCCCCUUUCGAGUGUGGUUUGCUGUCCGAACAGUUGUAUGUCUCCACAAUAAACUACUGAAUAUUGGUACAGGCUAA